AAAGCGCCAAUGGACAAGCUCAUUGGGGGGGGGACUCCAGGCUGAGUGGUCUCAUGAUGUCCUUCAGUGGCCGGGGAGCCCUGCACUCGGCUCGCUGUAGACAGGCCGUGACACCAGGAAGCGGGAGGAUGCGAGUGUUUCUCUUGGAUACAUUUUUACCUUCGUGGGAUACAAAGUAACUGUGAGAGAACUCUCCCUGGGCUGUUGUUCCCUGCUUUGGAGACCUCUCCCUUCAUUUUUAUUGGUGUUCAAACCCACCUCUGGUUUUCCUUUUUGUUUUGAAACACAGUCUUUUCUUUGUGACUAUUGCUUUCCAAUUCCCCUCCCCCUGCCUUUUAUUUGUGAAGAGCUUGUUUCAUGGCUCCCCGUUUCCAGGCUGUCUGAUUCCCGCCACCUGUCCCACCGCCCCCCAUCACUUCCCGGGGAUGGGGUCUGUCAGAAAUGGCCUCCGACGGACUGACACGUACGUUCUGGCCGUCGAUGUCGGCUCCACGUCCGUCAGGUGCCACGUGUAUGACCCCGCCGCCAAGAUCAAAGGGUCGAGCAGCAGGCCGAUAAAAAUGUUGUAUCCCAAGCCUGGUUGGGUGGAGGUGAAUCCAGACGAGAUGUUCGAACAAUUUGUUGCUGUUGUUAAGGAGGCAGUUGAAGAUUCUGGAUUGCACAUGAAGCAGAUGGCCGCUCUUGGCAUUUCAACACAGAGAGCAACAUUUGUCACUUGGGACAAGACAACAGGAAGGCCCUUUCAUAACUUUAUUUGUUGGCAAGACCUACGAGCCGUUGAUCUUGUCAGGUCGUGGAACAAGUCAUUAUUACUUUGGGUGGUUCACAAAUCCAGUGGAUUACUCCAUUUUCUGACCAGGAAAAAGCGCUUCUUAGCUGCGAGUGUGAUCCAUUUCUCAACCCAGCAUGUAUCGAUUCGUUUAGCCUGGGUUCUCCAAAAUAUAAAGCAGGUUCAAGAUGCUGUCGCUGAAGAAAACUGCUCUUUUGGUACUAUUGAUACGUGGUUGCUAUACAAACUGACAAAAGAAACCCAAUUCAUCCUCCUUCACUUGGUUUUGUCUUUUCCAGGUUUAUUCUCUGAUGUUGCUGAAACUGAAAAGAUGGCACAGGAAGUCCAAAGUACAGAUGGUGUGUUCUUUGUCCCAUCAUUUAGUGGAUUACAGGCUCCUUUAAAUGAUCCUAAUGCUUGUGCGUCAUUUAUGGGACUGAAACCUUCAACAACCAAAAUUCAUCUGGUGCGAGCAAUACUGGAGUCCAUAGCCUACAGGAACAAACAACUUUAUGACACAAUGCUGAAAGAAAUCCAUAUUCCUAUUACGUGCAUCAGGGCAGAUGGGGGUAUAUGCAGCAAUCAGUUUGUCAUGCAGCUUACUACAGAUCUGCUCGCUUGUGAUAUCGAGAAACCGAAACGUGUGGAUAUGUCCAGUCUCGGGGCAGCGUUUUUAGCUGGCCUUGCAAAUGGGUACUGGGGCAGCAGAGAAGAACUGAAGACUAUAAGAUCUGUGGAAAAGAUUUACAAACCACAAGAUGUGUUACAUGACUAUAAAUCCAUAAUAGAAAACUGGGAGCUGGCUGUGAGCCGAUCCAUGCACUGGUACACUAAAACAAAGCAGGAGUGAAUUUUUUUUACUUGAAUAAAGGAUGGCACUGACAAGUUUUCUCCUGUAAAUGUUCCAGGUACAUGUUUGUAUAUGACUCCCAUUGAUAAAGACUCAUGAUUUAUCUGAAGGGAGAAUAUGAGAAUACUGUGAGCCUUGUUUUCAGUUUUGUAAUAGAAAUAGCUAUUGGAAACACUUACUAGUAUAAACCACUUGUGCCUGCAAUAAUUCAUAUUGAAACAAAAAAUUCACAUUUCAAGAUAUUUUAAAUGUUCAAAUCCUUCCUGGCACCCUAGGAAGCCAGCUUGCAUCUCAAUAGGUGUGAAAAUGAUAAUCUAUAAUUUUGGUGGAUUGUAUCAGGAAUGCCUAGCACUGCUGAUCCUUGAGCCUCUGACUAAUUGAUUUGAAAGUCAUGUGCACUCCCUCCUUCCCCCAAACCCCUCUCCCGGCCCCCAACCCUGCUUAUCCUGUGUGUUUAGGCUGCUUUAAUCACUGAACCUUCUGGUACAGAAGAGUCUUUUGAAAAUAUCAAUGAUCAUUUCAUGCCCAGAGUUGAAGAUAUGACUUUGCUGAAUUAGGAAACAACCUAAUUCUGAUCUCCACUGAAAUGAAUGUAAAAGGGAAAAAAAAGUUGGUUUCUAUAACAGGUGGCCAGUCACAACUUUAAUGCACUUCACAAACACUUCACUGGUGUUAGGUGAUUUGUGAUAUCCUAAGACAGUGCAAGACCUUAUUAAAAUGUAAGUCUUUUGUUCUUGGGCAGGAAGUCAACUUUCUACCUCUAAAUAUUUUAAUCUGGAAUAAAUAAUUGUGCUUUAUUACUACUACCUGAAAUAUAAAAUAUCUACAGAAUGGCACUUUAAAAUUACCGAUGUGUGCCUUAUUAGACUUUUUAAUUGUAGUUGCUUGCAUAGAGGUGCAGGUUUAGACUGACUUCAAAAUGUAAAGUAAUUUAAAUUAAACAGAACAAAGAAUUGUGAGCUCUUGAAAUGUUUCUUUGCGGAGUUUCAAUGCAGUACUUUGGAAAAUAUUUAAGAUACUUAAUCUUUUAAUUGCUCAAGUUGUAUCUACAUUUCUAAAAAUGUCUCAUUUUUAACUGGUUAACUCACCUUCAAAACAAUUGAACUCUAGUUGCUUAUGAAGCUGACGCUUAAAUGGUCUUAAGCAAAUCCAGUACUGAAUUUUAUAGUCUAAUCUUGGAGUUAUGAAGCUUGUUUGAAGCAGUUGCUUAACCAUUUCCUCUUGUUCUCAUUACACUAAACAUUACCAGUACGUGGCCAGUAUCUCAAGUGGAUUUUGGUUCAGUUACAGUCAGUACAUUCCAGUUAAAUCACUGCUCUGCCUCCAUUAGGAUCUUGUAUGUAGCUCCAGUGAUAGUCGUGUGUAGUAUCACAGUAAAUGCGGCUGUCUCAGCAGAUGAUGGGGCUUGGACGUGCAAAAUUAUUUCACUUUGUACUUGAUCGUUGAUUGCAUUCAUUCCAUUGAGUAUUCUGUGUCAGUUGAGCCAUUAUUCCCAAAUUCGAAGAUAAGAGGGCUCAUUUCAAGUUGCUGUUGUGCAGCUGUUAUUUCAAAAACACCAAAAGAGGUCUGCAAACAGGUACCUACCUUAGAGAUUUUCUACCAAGAAACACCAUCUCCUCUUAGAGCUUCGGUGCAUCAAAUAUUUUAAGCACAAAGGAUCAAAUUCAUAGUUCCAAUAAAUAAGCUAAAGUGACACGUGUUUGUCUGAGUCAACGUGCAAUGGCAAAGGUAAAGACUUCUAAAUACAACAGGGGUGAAUUCUCUUGCAUUUUAUUAUUCACUUUGUUUCUGUUCUGAAACUGCUAAUUAGUGCAAGAAUGUAAAAUGUGCUCUCAAGUCAUCAGGAAAUGAUGCUAACAGCCUCUUGUUUCCAUUCGUGACACUGCUCUAUAGUAAGUAAGAUCCAAAAUCAAUACAGCAAAGUUACCUCUCCAACGUUUAAACAUUAAGUGAUUAUAUUUGGAGUAACAGGUAUUAUUAUGUCCAACUUGAGAUUUCCAUCUGUUUUUAAAAAGUAAACCUAGUAUUUUAUCAGAAUUUCCACUAAAAUUGAUUUGUGUCCAGUUAAAUUGCACAUCUAAUUCACAAAUGGAUUUUUUAGUUUUAGAAAUGACAUCUAAACUAUGAUCAGAUGUACUCUAUCAACCAUAUUUGUAAGCUACUUUCAAAGCUUCUGCAAUCUAACCUGGGUACUUCAUCUGUUUAAAAAAUGCUAUUGACAAGUUACUGUUUAAUAAAUAAUGCUAUCUGUCCUGUCAUUUUAUUUUGUUAUGCAUUAAAGUGUAAAUAAACAUUGGAUAUUUUCAUGAA